AUGCUACUGCCGCUACUCCUGCUUCCCAUGGCCGUUCUCCUGCCCCCCAGGGCUUGGGCUGGGGAGAUCAUCGGGGGACAGGAAGCCCGGCCUCACUCCAGACCCUACAUGGCCUUUGUGAAGAUAGAGACAGAAAGAAAAGGAGGAAGAAUGUGUGGAGGGUUCCUGAUCCGGGAUGAUGUGGUGGUGACGGCAGCUCAUUGUAUUCCCAGCACCAUCACUGUGCUCCUGGGGGCCCACAACAUUUCUGUACAUGAACCUGGGAUCAUGCAGGAGAUCCGGGUACGUCAUCGAAUCUCCCACCCACAAUACAACGGUGAAACAGAUGAAAAUGACAUCAUGCUGCUACAGCUGAGGCGCAAAGCCAAUCUGACCGAGACUGUGGACACCAUCCUCUUACCCAGGAAUAAGGUGAAACCGGGGGCUGUGUGCAGUGUGGCCGGCUGGGGCCAGACUAGUAGCAAGGUAAAUGCCCAGUCCUUCCAGACCCUGCAGGAGGUGGAACUGACGGUGAUGAGCAAGGACAUCUGUCUGUCCCGACCCUAUCUGCGCUAUGACCCGUCCGUGAUGCUGUGCGUGGGGGAUCCCAAGGAGAGGAGGGCGUCCUUCCGGGGUGACUCCGGGGGCCCCCUGGUCUGUAAAGGGAAGACCCAGGGCAUAGUCUCCCAUGGCAGCGCUGAUGGGUCACCACCCAGGCUGUUCACCAAGGUCUUCAAAUAUGUCUCCUGGAUCAAGAAAACUUUGCGCAAGCUGAAGCCUUAG